AUUGUGUAAAAAGUUUUAACUAUUUAUUAUUAAAAAAAAUCAAUAUUUAAAAUUAAUGUAAAUAAAUAAUUUAUAAUUAAAAUACAAUAAAAUGACUACCGCCUUGUAUUUAGAACAUUACUUAGACAGUUUGGAUCAUUUACCAAUUGAAUUACAAAGAAACUUUAAAUUGAUGCGGGAUUUAGAUUAUAGAGCACAAGAAGUUAUGCGAAAAAUUGAUUCAUUAUCAGAUGAAUAUUUACGUACACUAAAAACACUUUCAGCAGAUGUGAAAAAGGAGAAAUUAUUAAAUAUACAAAGUUUAUUUAAUAAGGCAAAAGAGUAUGGUGAUGAUAAAGUCCAAUUAGCAAUACAAACAUAUGAAUUAGUUGAUAAACAUAUACGACGAUUAGAUUCGGAUUUAGCACGAUUUGAAUCUGAAAUUCAAGAUAAAGCACUAAAUAGUAGAAAUCAAGAGGAGAGUAAUGCAAAGAAAGGAAGAAAGAAAACAAAAGAUAACAAAGGUGAAAAGAAGAAACGUUCUGGUAAUUCAAGUGAAGACGAUUCUGGUGGUGCGGUACGAAAUGUGAAAAAGAAACAAAAGAAGGGCAGUGGUACAACGGGAACUGCAAGUGGUACAAAUACAACGGUUGUCGGCAAUCCAGGUGAGGGUUCGUUGGCAGCUGUUUUACCUGGAUUGGCAGGUAUUGCACAUCCUAGUGAUGUAUUAGAUAUGCCAGUUGAUCCCAACGAGCCAACAUACUGUUUAUGCCAUCAAGUAUCAUAUGGUGAAAUGAUUGGUUGUGAUAAUCCAGAUUGUCCUAUUGAAUGGUUCCAUUUCGCUUGUGUUGGUCUUACAACAAAACCAAAAGGAAAAUGGUACUGCCCGAAAUGUACGGCCGAUCGAAAGAAGAAAUAAAAUAAAUAAAAGUUAUUUUGUUUGUAUUUGGAAAUUUACUGAUAAUUUACUGAAAUUUUUCCUUUGCAAAACUUGUUCAAAUUUUAUGAAUGAUUAUAUAAGAACAGUUUUUUAAUGGAGAAUAACCGUUUUAGAUUGUAAAUAUUUAUUUAAAAUUAUAUUUUAAAAAAAGUGGAACAAAUAUUUUUAAAUUUUCAAAAUAUUCGUGAUUAUCAUUAUAUCUCAUUAUAUCGAUGCACAUAAAUUUUAAAGAAUAGAAAUAAUUGUUAAGCAUUUGCA